AUGUCUCGCAGUGUCCACUGGAGAAUGACAGUUAGUGAUUCCUGUAACUGGCAUCAGUCUCAAGCACUUGAUUCAACCAUCUACAUCUUGCGACAAACAGGUCCAACUGGCUUUUUGCUAAAAGAAGAAGGGGAAACUAAAAAUGUGAAGGUGUUUCUUGGAGAUCCACAUUCUUGCACCUGCCAGGUUUUUAAGAAAGAAAAAGACUUGUGCAAACAUAUCUGCUGGCUGUUACUGCGCAAGUUCAAGCUGUCUGCAAAUAAUCCAUUGUCCUGGCAACUUGGACUUGUUGAGCGAGAAAUAAAUGAAAUCCUCCAAGGUCGUGUCACAUCAGAACAGAAUCGGGUGAAAAUUCAGAAGAAAACUCUGAAAGUUAUAGAUACAUCUGAUGGACAUAACAUUGUAGAACAAAGAGAGAUUGCUGAGGGAGAUGUUUGUCCAAUAUGCCAAGAAGAUCUACUGACCAAAAAGCAGCUUGUUACAUAUUGCAAAUUUGGUUGUGGGAACAGUAUUCAUAUCAAAUGUAUGAGAGUAUGGGCUGAGCAUCAACUCAAGACUUCAGAAGAUGGUAAAAUAAACUGCCCCAUGUGUCGUGAAGACUUUGGGUCUUUUGACCUAUUGAAGACAGAAAUGAGAAAUGCAGGUUUCAUGGCACCACCAGCACCUGGCACCCGGCUGGACAGACAUGUUGGCGUAGCUUGCUCACACUGCAGUGUAACACCCAUUGAAGGAAAAUGUUAUCGAUGUACUAUGUGUCCCGAUUUCUUCAUGUGUCAGAAAUGCUUCAACACACCUGUUCAUGCUCAUCACACAUUCCAGUUUAAACAGAAAAGAAAUCAGAAGUGGCAUUCAGCGACAAGAACUUUGGGAGAUAGCCUACCGGAUGCCAUUGCCAAUGAUCUAAUGCACAGGGACCUUUCUGAAAAUGAUUAUGACUUGCUGUUGCAGUUAGAAAGGAAUAGGCAAGAAGAACUCAGCAAUUUGUCAGAAGAACACCUCCGUGCCAUUCCUAUAGAAAGAGUGAAGGAAGCGGGACCUUUGCUGGCCCUGGGCUGUCAGUGCAGGGUGUGCCUAAGAGGUUUUACUGUAGGCCAGUUUGUCCGCAAAUUGCCAUGUAAACAUAAGUUUCACAAAGAUUGCAUAGACAAUUGGCUGCUGCACUCCCAUCCUAUAUGUCCAAUAGAUGGCAUCUUAGCUGUUCCCAGCCGGUCAGCUGUAAAUGCUUCUCAGGCAAGAACCAUGAGCAUUGACCAGCCCCAGGUUUCUAAUCCAAAUAUUGGAGACUUGACAUUAACAGCAUUUGGUAUUCCUGUGGCCACUUCAAGACUUAGGGCUGCCAGUACAGUGGCAACAGUAAGCAUUGAUCAGUGCUCCACUCGAAGAACCUACCCCAGAUCUUCUUCAUUUGUUAGGCUGGAACUCUCAGGAUUGCCUAUUGGAAAUGAUUCCACAUCUAACCAGGGUCAACAUUUGGAGGUGGCUGAAGAGAGGCCUGCAGGAAACUGUCUGCUACAGCAGGCUGCACAGCACAGAGAAAGAAUGUCAGAACAAGUUAGGAAAAUGCAAAGGACAAUUUCCACAGACCCUAAUCCUAAUGAGCUUCUGCCACCGGAAGCUCUUAUAGGAUAUCUACAGUCUCAGCCACAAUCCAGACAGGCGAUUAAAGCACUGGAUAAUAGUGGCAGACAUGGUAUCAAAAGGCCAUCGAUUGGCUCUGCUUCAUCAUUAAAAUCAGAUCUGAUGAAUCAGCACCACGGUCUCCAGAGAAGACCGUGGUCAUUGUUGCGUGGAAGAUCUAACAGUUCUGAAAAAGGCGUUCCUUCCAUACAAAAUGGCAGGAAGGUAGUGGGAGACCUAUUUUUGGGAAACAAUCCAAUGCUUCAACCUCCGGUCAAUGAAAACUGGUCUACCUCCAAGCCUCCUGCAAAUAUGAAGUCCAGAAGGCAACUUUUCAGAUCUAACUUUCAUAAUGUAAGCUCUGUCCGGCACGUGGAACAUUCUAGAAAUGUGGAUAUGGCGCUUGAAGGCAGCACAGUUGACAAUAAUACCAGUGGUGAUCAAUAG